UUCAGUGUGUGCGCUGCCUGGAAAUGCUGGAGUUUAUCCCGUGCAAUAUGGUGCCGACCCACCCCGGCCAAGAGCUGGUGGGUCCGAAAUGCGAGAAGACGUACGAGAUGUGUGAAGGCUGCGGACAGAAGAUACACGACAGAUUCCUGAUGCGAGUCGGCGACGCGAGUUGGCACGAGCACUGUCUGGCUUGCAGCGUGUGUGGAGUCCUACUGAAUCAUUCGUGCUACUGGCGAGCGAACAAGUUGUACUGCAAACCGGACUACGACAGACUGUUUGGAGUGAAGUGUUCCCGCUGUGGAGACAGACUGCUGCCUCAUGAGAUGGUGAUGAGAGCCCAGGCACACGUGUACCACUUGCCCUGCUUUGUAUGCGUCGUCUGCUGUCAACCACUGCAGAAAGGCGAACAGUUUGUGCUGCGAGGCGGCCAGCUGUUCUGCAGACAAGACUUUGAGAAAGAGAUGUUCCUCCUGCAGCAGUCAAGCCCUACAGACGACAUGUUGCUGGAUGAAAACAGUAGACCGAGAGACGGCAGAAGAGGACCCAAGAGACCACGGACGAUUCUAACAUCGGCCCAGAGAAGACAGUUCAAGGCGUCGUUUGAAGUCAGUCCCAAGCCUUGUCGUAAGGUUAGAGAAGCCCUAGCCAAGGAGACAGGUCUGAGUGUGAGAGUCGUACAAGUCUGGUUCCAAAACCAAAGAGCAAAGAUGAAGAAGAUACAGAGAAAACAGAAACAAGACUCGGACAAAUCUCCGGGUGAUAAAGACGAGAAGAGGGACAAAAACAUCAAACAAGAACCUCUCUCAGAUCACUACCUGGGCAUAAAUGGGCUCAGCAUGCAUGACUCGUCUGAUACAACGUACGCCCAAUCUAGCCAACCUCUCAACCCAAAUCAUCCAUACUCCCCUGAUGAUGCCUACCCAGCGCACUCAGGCGAGAGUUUCUGCAGUUCGGACAUCUCAUUGGACGACAGCACCAACCUGGACGAGGGAGGUUCCGACACCCUCAGUUUAGAGCUAGGUCCUCCUCCUCACCCGCAUCCCUUACAACAUACCUCUGAAGGUCUACUGCUGGGACAGAUCAACCCUAUAGACAAGCUCUACCUCAUGCAGAACUCUUACUUUAGCAGCUCUGAACAGUAGACAAAGACGCAGGUGAAAAGUUACGAUAGUCACUAGUCCACGGAGGGGAAACGGGAGCGGCCCCAACAGCAUUCUGGGAUUGAAGCUUCAAGAGACUGGAUAUUUGUUUGAAACGUGGAAUUAACUCUGGAUGGAAUUUCUUAAGCUGUCUGGCUGGGUUAUCAAUUUGGAAACCAUA